AGAUCUCCUCCUGAGAGCUUCCAGUCCGCAGAAACACUGAAGCAGAGCGCAGCGAAGGAACGCAGCUCAUCCAGAUCGGUGCCAGACGCACAGCGCGUUUUGGUUAUUUUUAUUAGAGAAACUUUCUUCGCUUUUUUAUUUUUAUUUUUUUAAGAAAAGCAAAACCUUUAAUUCAAAUUGCAAACAAUGGUUUAUUAGUUAAAGGAUACCUUUGGAUUGAAGUGAUCCACUCCUUACGCGCAGGAACCUUGUUCGGGUGAAAGUGAUUAUUUCCUCUUAGCGCGGCAGCUUGGGCUGCUUUCUUUAUUUAAAAAAGCAGGAAAAAAAACAGAAACCAAAACUCGCCAGGUUGACUUUAUCUGGGAGGUUUUUGCUGCUGAGCUGUCCCAGAAAUGGUGGGGCACCUACAUUUACAAGCGAUGGAUGACAGCCUUAAAGGAAAGAACCGGGAAGGGCUCCUCGACAGUCCGGAUUCGGGCCUGCCCCCCAGUCCCAGUCCGCCCUUCUGCUCUCUGUCUCCGGCUCCCACCGAGACGCGCUCCGGCGGCUGCGCGACGCCUGUUGACAGCAUUCCUGGAUGUUACAGAAAGGAGAACAGAGAAGGAAAACUGCUGCCCUACCUGCUGCCGAACUAUACAGGAACAGACCUAAAGUCUCGCAUGCACCCGGUGUUUUACGGGGAAAGCAUCGAAGUCAACCCCAAACCGGAGCAGGAAAUCAAGUGCACAUCUGCGGUCAAGUAUGACUCCGACAAGCAUUACAGAGACCGGGUUUUGUGCGCCCCGGUUCCUACGCCCACCUCCUUCAGCGAAACGGUGGUGGCCGUGCGGAACUGCACUUGGAGAAGCUACAAGUCGCAGGUUUAUCUGGAGCCCAGGCAGAAGCCCGUCAGCUACCAAAGCACCACCAUCAUCUACCCCAAACACGCCAAGAACACUUACCGAACCACCCUCAACUACAACCCCACAGGCUGCCGCCGCUGGUUCGUGUCAACGGUGCAGCUGGAGUCCAGCGAGGAUACGAGCCCCUGCGUCAUCUACACAGAGGACCUGUAGGGCCCCGGGAGAGGGGUUCUGCUUCGAGAGACUCUUUUUGAACUUUUUCUUUUGUCUUUUUCUGACGAUAAGGAAUUUGAAAAGAUCCACACUGAAAGGGAAGUACCUGCAGCCAUUGCCUGGAGCUUUAAGACCCCGCUCUUUAAACUCUGGGAACCAGUCAGAUUAUUUUGAUUUCUUACUGUUGCAGUCCCGAAUCGGACCCUCUGUGCUCUGCAGCUGCACUACGGUGGUUAAUGUCUUAUUUGAUACAAGAGCUAGCAACCUGGGAGCCCGUGCUCUGCGUUCGGAUGGUACUGGACCCUGGUGUCUGUAUAUAGGGGGAAGAAUUAAAUCGACACGUGCUGUGGAUCUUACCCAGUCACACCAACGCAAAGGGUUCAGAAUAUGGCUUUAUUGCACUUGUUUUCUACAUGUCACAGUUCCCUCAGAGGAGCUGGCGUAGCGGUGGGGAAUUUCUGUGCUGCCUCUGAAAAGUGGACCAAAAAUAGUUUGUUUUCUUUGAGUAACUCCGUACACUCAGACUGAAAGCUGGUCAGCAGAGAGCACAAAGCGUUCAUUAGAAAGCCGGUGUUCUGUCAGAUGAGCAUACCCGGUCAGAUCCAUAGCCGAAACCCGUUUAUCCCUUCAGUUUUGUACGAAAAAUACAUUUUAAACUACCUCAACGGGCGUGUAUCGCUUUAGCCAUGUACAAAAAAAAA